AUUUUAUGAGAGCCGCACGGAGAUCCCCUGCCACAUGCUUCAUCACGCCGCCGACCACGCGGCCGACCAGAACUUACCUAGCUUCCGCUUCAAAUAAACCCCGUCAGCCUAGAUUUGCGCUGCGAAUACUGCUUCCACCCGAUGAACCUAACACCCGCUUUUUAUCCGCAUGCCAACGACCUAUUAGAAUCUUGAAGUGUAGUUACGACACCAAGGGUUCUCUACUGCAACCCUCCCUCGUUUACCGCUUCUUUGGGUCUGCUUUCGCCCAACCUCUUCAACCCUAUUGUCAAAUUCUCGCUGUUGCCCACCUGCUAUCUAUAUACAUACAGCGUCCAGUCAGUCUUGUCGUCUGCGCGGACUGCGCGACUGACUCUCUAAUGGCGUCUCCUAUUCCAACUCCUGGGCCUUCGUCGCACGAUACCACCGACCCUCAGCUUUCAGCUGAUGUUGACCCAAACUCGCCACUCAGCUCCUCACCUGCUGAUGUAGCCAUUCUCGAUACUCCCAACUUGGGUGCCACGACGCCGAAAAGUCCUAAACUGUCUCGAAAUCCAUCAUUCUCGGGCAGCAGCACGUAUCAAGACGACUGGGACGCGCUUCCUCCCCUGGAUCGAUUGACCGUUCUUGAUCUUCUCGACAACUUUGCCCUGCCCCAGCAGCUGGAGAAACUUCAAAAGGGCAUUUCAGCGCAGACUGACAAGGUUCGACGGUCUCGCGAGGCUUUAAGAUCGAAAACUCAGCAUGCCCGUACGCGCAUGGUCGAGGAAUGGCGCCGACGAGUCCCAUCCGCUGACGAGCAGUUCGAUCGAUACCGACAGCGCAUGCGAAAGCGCGUGGACAAACUCGGCCGUCAGUGGAACGAUACGAAAGCCAUCAGUGUGCGAGAGAAGAUAUCGUUCAUUUGUGGCGUUAUGAACAUCUUCAUUUGUGGAUAUCUUAUUGGCGCCUACCCUGAGUACUUUCAUGUCUGGUACACUGCACAGCUCAUCUACUUCAUGCCUAUUCGAAUCUUCACCUAUCACCGCAGAGGCUAUCACUACUUCCUAGCAGAUUUGUGCUACUUCGUCAACAUGCUACUGAUGUUGAGCAUCUGGGUAUUCCCGAAAUCAAAGCGUCUGUUUACGGCAGCAUACUGUCUCGCAUUUGGUAAUAACGCCGUUGCUAUUAUUAUGUGGCGUAACUCGUUGGUUUUCCACAGUUUCGACAAAGUUACCUCACUAUUCAUUCAUAUCAUGCCUUGCGCCACACUGCACUGCAUUGUACAUCUUCUUCCAAAUGAAUACCUUAAAGACAGGUUUCCAGCGAUAUGGACAAUCAAAACUUCACCAUCGGGCUCGCCUACUGCAUAUGCCAACACUCUGUCUAUGCUUGCUUGGAGCACUAUUCCAUAUGCUGUUUGGCAGCUGAGUUACUACUUCUUCAUUACCGUACGGAGACGUGACAAGAUCGCCGCCGGCAGACCAACCUCUUUCACGUGGCUCCGACGAUCAUACUCAAAAACAUGGAUUGGAAAGUUCGUCCUUUCUCUGCCUGAUACAUUACAGGAGCCCGCAUUCAUGAUGAUUCAAUAUUGCUAUGCUGUCCUAACCAUGCUUCCCUGUCCUCUUUGGUUCAUGAGUCGCUAUGCUUCCUCUGCAUUUUUGAUAAUCGUCUUCGCUUGGAGCAUCUACAACGGCUCAACAUACUACAUCGAUGUGUUUGGAAAACGCUUCCAACAUGAGUUGGAGGCAAUGAAGGCCGAAGUUGUAAAAUGGCAGCAGUCGCCAGAACUAAUGCUUCAGUCACCCCUUAUGCAACCCCAGCAGGAGCUGGGGCAAAGCUUGGGGUCUCCUGAGGGGCGAGCAGUGGAUUCAGAAGUUAAACCAUCUGGUGAGACUUACGAUGGAGAGACGGUCACGGAACCGCAGCACCCAUCACGUAAAGAUCUCCGCAAGGGCCGAACUACAAGCAUUGACCGAAUCCCACUGCUAGACGACUGUGCUAAGGCCAGUGCUUCGGGGGUCGAUGGAGGGGCGAAAGACGUAGCCAGAGAGCGAAUCACCGCCUAGUAAUAUGUUGAAGAAUGAAUAAAUGAGCGCACGGUUUUACUGGUUUUUGGGCCUGCACUUAAGCAGCUAUUAAUACACAACACAUCUCCUUAAUCAGUAUUUAGACAGUACCAGCAAUCAAAGAUCCAAUAUAUUCA